CGGCUGCCAGACUCAGUGGGAAGCAAGGCGUCAGGGAGAGAGCUUGAGAAGAAAGAGAGAGGGAUCGCAGAGGGGAAGAGAAGAAAAGAGAAGAGAGUUGGAAGGGGGCACCUUGUGGAUCAGAAGGGAUUUUCCUCUGUGUGAGUGCACGUCUGGAUAAGGCUAUCUGCUUCUUCCUUCAGCGAGAGGAGUUUUUACUGAGGCUUUUUCUUUUUUUUUUUGCUCAUCCUCCACGCCGGGCUCCAGCGAUAUCUACCUAUCUAUCCCCGGAGCUUAACAAAAGAGGGAGGGAGUGAGAGUGAGAGAGAGUGAGGAAAAAAAAAAAAAAAGGCAGUCAUAGCUUCAGCUCCAGACCACCCUCUCUACUCCUCCUCCUCCUCCUCUCCCCAGCUCCACAUCCAUGUGUGAGUUCAUCGCUGAUUUCACUGUCUUUUGAGGAUAGAGCAGAGGACAGCGUGUGUUCUCCAGGAUACAGCCAAGCUCCCCGUGGGAUCAGGGUCUCGUCUGGUGUAAGAGAGAGGGGGAGGAAGACCGAGACAGGGAAACGGAUACACAGGAAGAGAGAAAAGAGACAAGAGAGAGAGAGAGAGAGACGCUGGAAAGCAAAUUGAGGGGCAUGUUCAGGGCAGCAGAGAAGAAGAGUGAGUCUAAUUUUUAGUGCGGAGAGUGCAAGGAACCGGCAACCGGAUCCCAACACAUUCAUCCCUCCUCCUCUUCAUCAUCCUCUUCUUCCCUCUUCUUUUUACCCUCUCUCAGUCCUGCUCUUCAAUUCCCUCUAUUGUUUCCUGUACUGCCUCCUGCCUAUCCUCUCAUAUCUUCCUUUCCACCUCCUCCUUCUCCCAGGAAUCUUUCCUUCCAGACCUUCCGGGGAAGAAUGUUUUUGUGAGGGUUCCCGGUGAGCUCCCAGACAAGUAGACAGACUGAAAUCCCAAGUACUAUCCGUCCUCCUCUCCAUCCCCUUCUUCUGUGCAUUUAUCACCUUCACCAGCGAGAGGAGAGUGCUCUCUCUGCAUCCUCCACUCUUGGAAACAGCCGUCUGAAAGGAUCCAGGCCAGCCCCUCGGAGUGAUCGUAACCCCACCUGUGAGCUUCUAUCACCAGCCUCCAGGACCUUCAAUUGGAUUCCAGCUACAUGGGAAAACGUUUGGAGCAGCAGCCAAUGUACCCCCACUACACAUACUACUACCCCCACUAUCUCCAGACUAAGCAGUCCUAUGCUCCUCCCCCUCCGCCUAUGGCUCCGCCCAGCCCCGGCACCACAGGAGGAGGAGGAGGUGGAGGUGGAGGUGGAGGUCAGGGAGGAGGGCUAAUGGAGCAACUUAGUAAGACCAACCUGUACAUCAGAGGCCUGCCGCCUGCCACCACCGACCAGGACCUCAUCAAACUAUGCCAGCCAUAUGGAAAAAUUGUGUCAACAAAGGCCAUCUUGGACAAAAACACCAAUCAGUGCAAAGGCUAUGGCUUUGUGGACUUUGACAGCCCUGCAGCAGCCCAGAAGGCCGUGGCCUCGCUCAAAGCCAGUGGAGUCCAGGCACAGAUGGCGAAGGUCUGCUCCGGACCUGGACCGUCCACGGGUUCGACCAACCGUGGAAACAGACACACACGGAGUGGAACAGAUACAAGCGGAGAGAAGGAGAGACAGCAACAGGAGCAGGACCCCACCAACCUCUACAUAUCCAACCUGCCGGUGUCGAUGGACGAGCAGGAGCUGGAGAACAUGCUGAAGCCCUUCGGUCACGUCAUCUCCACACGGAUACUGAGGGACGCCAACGGCCUGAGCAGAGGGGUCGGCUUUGCCAGGAUGGAGUCAACAGAGAAGUGCGAUGUGGUGAUUCAGAAUUUCAAUGGCAAAUUUUUGAAAACCCCUCCAGGCAUGACGGCCCCUGCAGAGCCUUUACUGUGCAAGUUUGCUGACGGAGGCCAGAAGAAGAGGCAGACGCAGGUCAAAUAUCCCCAGAAUGGCCGACCGUGGACACGGGAAGGAGAGAGCGGUAUGGCGUUGACGUACGAUCCGACAGCGAUGCAGAAUGGGUUCUACUCUUCGCCGUACAGCAUCUCCACCAACCGGAUGAUUGCUCAGACGUCAAUCACACCCUUCAUUGCUGCCUCUCCUGUCUCCACAUAUCAGGUCCAGAGUACAUCUUGGAUGCCACAUCAACAGUAUGUUAUGCAACCUACAGGUGCUGUGAUCACCCCAGCCGCGGCCAUCGAGCCCAGUUUGUCUCUUCACCCCUCCAGUGUAAUGGCUCCUCUCACCCAGCAGAUGAACCACCUGUCUCUGGGCCCCACAGGCGCCUACAUGCCUGCUGCAGCGGCUGCUCCUAUGCAAGGAACCUACAUUCCCCAGUACACUGCAGUGCCUGCCUCUGCCAUCACAGUGGACGGCGUGGUGACAGACCCAUCUCCACAGACAGCUGCCCCCUCCUCGCAGGACGCCAGCGGGCAGCAGCCUUUAUCAGUGGAGAAUACGGGAGAUCAUGCCACAGCCUACUCUUACCAGCAGACUAAAUAACAAGCCUGGUAGGAAUCAUCGCUGCAUUGCCUUUAGAAGGACUGCACUGAGGCGCUUGAGACACCGAGAGAAUCAAAAUGAAACGGGACAAAAAAUCUGAGGUGACAAGGACAACACUGAGGGAAGAAUGCUUCCACUGUGCACAGGCACCAAAUAAAAGACAAAAUGAAGAAAAAAAAAAUCAAUUAUCUUUCUUACCUGUUUGAACCAAGAAAAAGACUGAAGACAAAACAAAUGAUGGUUUGCUGAACUAGAGGACAAUGAAAUCAGUCGCAGUCUGCAACUUUGACUUUAUCAUUUUUCACCUUGAGACUGAACUUUGCCUCCAAAGGAAAAAGAGAUGACAUAGACUGAAAUCUAAACUCAACCAAUAAGCUGUACAGAAAAAAAAAGAACCUUUGAAUGUGCAGGUAGAUUUUCAGACUUUUUUAUUAAAAAAGAAAAGAAGGAAGAAAAGUCUACAAAAAAAAAGACAGGCUGUCUUCCUUUGAUAUUAAGCUAUAUUAUUUUCAUUCUUUUUAUUAUUUGAGUAGUUUUCUAGAAUAUCAAUGUUUUCGUAAAUCUUUAUUGCCUUAAUUUUCUCAAACUUUGGGAAAAAGUUUCCAUAGUGUUGAAUUGUUUAAAAAAAAAAAAGAAAAAAAGACUGAGUGAUUGAAUGGUAUGAGAGGUUUCUUAGAGCCUCAGAGAUGAAAUCUACAAAGCUAUCUGUACAGGAUUUAAAAAAGAAAAAAAGAAAAAGAAAAAAAAAAGGGUUGUAUUUGUAUGAAGAUGAUUUUAAAUUAUGUGGUGCAGUGCAGCUGAUGUUGGUUGGUUAGAAAAAAAAAAAAUCUUUAAUGCGACUUGUGGGAAGGGUCAAGCCACUGCUUCCUGGAAAAUGCAGUUUAGUUAAUCAUAGGAUAAAAUGUUCUGUCUCUCCAC